GUAUAUAAAACCAAACGGCUGUAAACGACGUCGUUUAGGAAGGAAGAGACUGCAAGGGUUGGAGAAAGUAUGUCACUCGUAGAUUACGACGAUUCUUCAUCCGACGACGAUGUCUUAGCCGCCGAGGAGAAGCAACCACUCCCACAACCGCAACGAAAACCCUCUCCAAUUCCUCCAACUAGACAGAGAUGUCAGCAGGAAGAGAGUGUUGAGAAGCUACCAGAUGCUUUGUUUCUUCUGGAGUCACCCACACUCGCACAGGUGACUGGUGGUGACCAUGCUUCUGUUGUUGCAGCUGCAAUGGCUGAGAGUGCAUUACGGAAGAGGGACUUAAAUGGGAAUGCUUCUUCUCUUCCACGUCGUCCCAAGGUACCGAGAGGAAAUUUGCCUCACUCCAAGAAUAUUCCUGAAACUAUGGGUAAUGUGCUUGUACCUCCUCAGCUCAAGGGAAGGAGCAAUGUUGCCACAGAGGAUAUGAGCAGGCUUUUUGUGAAAAAACGGCAAGACUCCUCCAAUGCAAGAUCUCCAAAUCAGGAAUAGUUUUGUCAAAUUUGAAUGGUUUUAUUUCUGUCUAAUUGCCUAACAUUUGGUGCAACGUAACGAUGGUAUGUUUAGCAGAUACGAUGAGCAUGUACUUUUCUCAAUAAUUUACGACUAUUUAUACGGAAGGAAAAAAACUGAAAUUACCAUUA